UGGAAUAAAAACCCCAAACCCCCUCCUCACUCCUCAGUCCUCAGUUCCCUCCUCGUCGGCCACCGGAUACCACUCAUCGCCGCUCCGCCGUCUCUUUCCCGGUACAGUUAUAUUCCGGUUUCUCUUUGUAUAAACCCUUAUCUGGCGUAAACAAUCUCAUCCACAUUUUUUUGUUUCCUCGGAGCGUUGAGAAUUAACUUCUAACUGUUAAUUUGUCUGUAAGAUUCCCCCGAGUUUCCGUCGCACUUUGUUUUUUCCCUCCUUUGUUCCAAGCAUCAGCUGCAUACGAGGAACUGGUUAUUUUCCACAUUCGUCUGUCUAUGCCUCUGUAGUUGCCUUUUGGAAAAAUUUAGUUGACUUUUUUUUUCCCACUUGAUUGAUAAUGCCUUCAAUUCGGAAUGUAUAUAACUUUGUAAAAAGAUGUUAAAAGGGGUGAAGCUCAGGAUUGAAAUUUUGUUGUUUGUUUGUGUUGAUACCAGUUUCGCAAUCGGCGUGAACAGAGACACAGAAACGAUAUGAUAAAGAGGCGAUUCUACAAGCUCGAGCAUGGUGAUAGGGAUGCUCCCUCUGAAUCUUCUUCAUCCUCCUCUGAUUUUGAAUUGGAAGCAAAUUCCACGGACGAAUCAGAAGAAGAGGAGGUCGAAAGUGAGAAUGAUGAUAGAGGGGCAGAAUUGAGAGAGCAUGAAGCAGCUCGUGCUUCAUCUUCUUCAGGAUAUGAAAGUGAGGAUAGCUCAGCAAAUGAAGUUCACGUCGACUCAUCAGGUUUACCUACCAGUGAUGAUGAUGGGGAGCCAAAAAAGGAUAGAGAAACCAUGACCGAAGAAAAUGUCGAAUUAGCCAACGUCCAGCACGAUGUUGAGCCUCAAGAUGUUGAAAUCCCAUCUGAUAUUGCAGAAUAUGUGGUGAAACGUAAAUCAGUUUUUAAGUGUAAGCUGUGCCCUAGAAUUGUCUGCUUGACUGAAGAUAGUAUAAGGGCUCAUCUGAAAUCUAAGAGACAUGCUCGCUCUGAGAAGUUACUGAGAGAAGGGCGGCUUAAGCUUAUACUUGAUGAUGAGGGAAAACUUGAUGGUGAGGCUAAUGCAGAAAGUGAGUCUACAGCAAAGGUGAGUGCAUUAUGUGUUUGCCCUUGGCCUAAUCAAAAGGAUUUUCUGUGUCCAUAAAUGAUUAAUUAGCUUUUGACAGAUUUUUGCUAAAACUCCAAAGAAGACGAAAAAGCAGCAUGUGCACACCAAAAAGUCAAAUAAGAGAAAAGGUAAAGAUUCAAGAUCGGCAAGGAAUGCUGGCAAGAAGAGACACAGAAAUUAUUGAGAUGCCAUGGACUGUUUGUCUGAUGAAUCCUUUUUGGGGAUGUGAAAGCAGCUGGACUUGAAGUUGACAUUGUAGCUUUGUUCAGAUCAGAUUUAAGUCUUAGGUUUUUCCAUUUUCUUAAUUCGGUUCUGGUUUGUCCCUAAAGGGGCAGAUAUGGAGGUCAGGGUGCAGAGAUCUAGGCUGAUUGUGAGAUUGUCUUGCGUUCUCAUCCUGCCAUUGUUGUUACUAUAGUCUGAUUUCCUGUCUUUUUCCCCCCUUCAUAUAGUCAUUUGCUGGAAACAGAAGAAUUUUCAUACUAAUUUUGUGGACUGAUUAAAUUAUUUUAUAUCUGUACCUUCUGCUUUAUAUAUAUGUCGAUUGAGAAACAAGCUUGCAUCGCACUGCAACCAAUCCUCGAACGGUCCAUUUGUGGUAGUUCACUGGUAGUUCACUAC